ACCCCUCUUAGCGUUACUCCUUUAAAAAUAUAUCCAUGGGGAUAUGCGACGGGAAGAGUUCAAAGCUUUUUCGACCCACCCUCCUCCUCUCUCUUCGUCUUCGAUUCCUCCUCAUCAACUUUCAACACACAUAUCUCAGUUUAAAGCUUUGACAUCUUUCCACAGAUCCAUUUCCCUCUCUUACUUCCAAGAUAAUAGGCUAAUAAAGCACAGAGAAAAGCUUCAAAAUCAGAAUUUUCAGAAGAAGAAAGCUUCUCUUGGGCAAGGAUAGUUUUCUGCAUGACAUUUUGGCAUUCUUGCAAUGUCAGGGUUACUUAAUAAUUCAUCCCUGAACGGAUCAGCUUCAAAUCUUCAAGACAACACUGGGCGACCAUUUUCUGCAUCUUUCUCGACUCAAUCUGGUGCACCUUCCCCUGUUUUCCAUCAAAGUGGAUCUGUUCAGGGGCUCCAUAACUUACAUGGUAGUUUCAAUGUUCCCAACAUGCCGGGCUCACUUGGAUCAAGAAAUUCAACAACUGGUAAUGUACCUUCAAGUGGGGUUCAACAAUCAAGUGGAAACCUUUCUGGUGGAAGAUUUGCAUCAAACAAUAUCCCUGUAGCUCUUUCUCAGAUGGCUCAUGGCAAUUCACAUGGUCACUCGGGGCUAACUAGUAGAGGUGGCAUGAGUGUUGUUGGAAGCCCUGGAUUUAGUAGUGGCACAAAUGCAAUUGGUGGUUCAAUUCCUGGAAUUCUCCCUACCUCUGCAGCAAUCAGUAACCGGAGUAGCGUUCCAGGAGUUGGGGUGUCCCCGAUUUUAGGAAAUCCAGGCUCUCGGAUUACAAGCUCGGCUGGAAACAUUGGUGGCGGAAGUAGCAUAGGAAGAAGCAUAAGUUCUGGAGGAGGAUUGUCUAUGCCGGGCCUUGCUUCUCGCCUAAAUCUGAACACUAAUAGUGGAUCAGGAAAUUUAGGCGUGCAGGGUUCAAAUAGAUUAAUGGGCGGUAUGCUUCAACAAGCUUCCCCACAGGUUAUGUCUAUGUUUGGGAAUUCCUAUCAUUCAGGUGGACCACUUUCUCAAAACCACGUUCAAGCUGGAAACAGCCUUAAUUCAAUGGGAAUGUUAAAUGAUGUGAAUAACAAUGAUGGUUCCCCAUUCGAUAUAAAUGACUUCCCUCAGCUGAGCAGCCGACCAAGUUCCUCUGGAGGGGCCCAAGGACAAAUAGGUUCAUUACGGAAACAAGGUCUUGGUGUGAGUCCUAUUGUUCAGCAAAAUCAAGAAUUCAGCAUCCAGAAUGAAGAUUUUCCUGCCUUACCAGGAUUUAAAGGUGGCAAUGCUGAUUAUGCUAUGGAUCUGCACCAGAAGGAUCAACUUCAUGAUAACAAUGUGUCGAUGAUGCAGUCUCCACAUUUCUCUAUGGGAAGGUCUUCUGGAUUCAACUUGGGAGGAACCUUUUCAUCACAUCGGCCACAGCAACAGCAACAUGUUCCAUCAAUUAGUAGCAGCGGUGUCUCCUUUUCAUCUGUAAAUAAUCAGGAUCUACUCCACUUGCACGGUUCAGAUAUGUUCCAAGGAUCACAUUCAUCCUAUCAUUCGCAGGCUGGUGGAGGUCCAGGUGUAGGUUUGAGACCUUUAAACUCUCCGAAUACAGUCUCUGGUGUUGGAUCAUAUGACCAACUUAUCCAGCAAUAUCAACAGCAACAGAAUCAAUCUCAGUUCCGCCUGCAGCAAAUAUUUGCCGCCAGUCAGUCAUAUAGGGAUCAGGGGAUGAAAUCGAUGCAGGCUGCCCAAGCUGCCCCAGAUCGAUUCGGGCUGCUUGGUCUGUUAAGCGUAAUAAGGAUGAGCAAUCCUGAUUUAACAUCUCUUGCACUUGGAAUUGAUUUGACAACACUUGGUCUGAAUUUGAAUUCGGCAGAAAACCUUCACAAAACAUUUGGUUCUCCAUGGCUGGAUGAGCCUACCAAAGGAGCUCCAGAAUUCAACGUGCCACAAUGUUAUUAUGCCAAACAAGCACCGGUCCUUAACCAAGGAUAUUUAUCGAAGUUCCAGUUGAAUACUUUGUUCUAUAUAUUUUACAGCAUGCCAAAAGAUGAAGCCCAGUUGUAUGCUGCAAAUGAGCUGUAUAACAGAGGGUGGUUCUACCACCGAGAGCAUCACUUGUGGUUUAUGCGGGCUGCAAACAUGGAGCCUCUCGUUAAGACAAAUUCAUACGAGAGAGGAUCUUACAUUUGUUUCGAUCCAAACACAUGGGAAACAAUACGCAAGGAUAAUUUUGUUGUCUACUAUGAGAUGUUGGAAAAAAGACCAAGUCUACCACCUCAACAUUGACAAUGAGAAAUAAUUUUACAUGUAAAGUUUCCUUGGUAGGUUUCAGCUUUAGAUGUUUGUUGUCUAAUCCUUCCCUCCUUUUGUAAUUUGAGUUGUCAUUAGGAAUAUACCAUUCUACCCUUCUCUUUUUGACUUAUUCAUUUCUUCUUAUCAUUGCAUUUGUAGACAGCUUUUCUCAGAUGUUUGAAAAUUAAACUAAUUUAUGGUUUUUUUUCUUCUUCA